UGCCAUAGCUUAUCCGAGAAUUUACUGAACUAUUUGGAUCAAUGUUUGAAGGAGGUGGACAUCCACGGAACACUUUCAUUCUCCGGCAUCACCCUCGAUUCCGAAUUGUACUAUAGGCUGUGCAAAAAAUGGGUCACUAUUGGCAAACCGGCGGGUCUAUCAUUUAUGCUUUGCGAUUUCCGGUUACCCUCCGAACAUUUCCGUGAAUUACUGCGGCGUAUACACUGUCAGCGGCUUGUUAUCGAACUUUCCCGUUUCGAACAAUUCCAUCUAGAUGAUUUGAUUUUGGAAGCAAUGCCGGAAUGCGAAGAGCUUGUUGUGAACUGUAUUUCACCAAUGUAUUGCCCUGGUAUUACGGAUAGGACGCUACAUCGCUGGGCGAUUCAGGAAAGGCCGCCACGAAAGAUCUUCCUCAACGAUAUUCAAGCUGAUUUUACCGUUGAUGGAAUUACCACAUUGAUCAAUGUGAGGUUGUUUGUGGAAUAA